AUGCAGGCUCAGUCAGGCCAGAGACAUCUCCCUCUCACACACCAUUAACCAUGAAACUGAAUUAAUUUUUCUCUCACAAUGGCCACACACUGAUGGUACUCACUGUUAUUAUCUAUGCAUAGUCACUUUACCCCUACCUACAUGUACAAAUUACUUCAACUAACCUGUACCCUAGCACAUUGACUCGGUACAAGUACCCCCUGUAUAUAGCCUCAUUAUUGUUAUUUUAUUGUUACUUUUUUAUAUAUACACACACACACCUGCUCAUUCAAGGGUUUUUCUUUAUUUUUUACUAUUUUCUACAUUGUAGAAUAGUAGUGAAGACAUCAAAACUAUGAAAUAACACAUGGAAUCAUGUAGUAACCAAGGAAGUGUUAACCAAAUCAAAAUGUAUUUGAGAUUUUUCAAGGUAGCCACCCUUUGCCUUGAUGACAGCUUUGCACACUCUUGGCAUUCUCUCAACCAGCUUCAUGAGGAAUGCUUUUCCAACAGUCUUGAAGGAGUUUCCAUAUAUGCUGAGCACUUGUUGGCUGCUUUUCCUUCACUCUGCGGUCCAACUCAUCCCAAACCAUCUCAAUUGGGUUGAGGUCGGGUGAUUGUGGAGGCCAGGUCAUCUGAUGCAGCACUCCAUCACUCUCCUUCUUGGUCAAAUAGCCGUUACACAGCCUGGAAGUGUGUUGGGUCAUUGUCCUGUUGAAAAACAAAUGAUAGUCCCACUAAGCACAAACCACAGAUGGGAUGGCGUAUCGCUGUUGAAUGCUGUUGUAGCCAUGCUGGUUAAGUGUGCCUUGAAUUCUAAAUAAAUCACAGACAGUGUCACCAGCAAAGCACCCCCAUACCAUCAUGCCACCACCUCCAUGCUUCACGGUGGGAACCACACAUGCUGAGAUCAUCCGUUCACCUACUCUGCGUCUCAAAAAGACACGGCGAUUAGAACCAGAAAUCUCAAAUUUGGACUCAUCAGACCAAAGGACAGAUUCCCACCGGUCUAAUGUCCAUUGCUCAUGUUUCUUGGCCCAAGCAAGUCUCUUCUUAUUAUUGGUGUACUUUAGUAGUGGUUUCUUUGCAGCAAUUCGACCAUGAAGGCCUGAUUCACACAGUCUCCUCUGAACAGUUUAUGUUGAGACGUGUCUGUUACUUGAACUCUGUGAAGCAUUUAUUUGGGCUGCAAUAUGCAGUGCAGUUAACUCUAAUGAACUUAUCCUCUGCAGCAGAGGUAACUCUGGGUCUUCCUUUCCUGUGGCGGUCCUCAUGAGAAACAGUUUCUUCAUAGAGCUUGAUGGUUUUUGCGACUGCACUUAAAAUAAACUUUCAAAGUUCUUGACAUUUUCCAGAUUGACUGAUGUUCAUGUCUUAAAGUAAUCAUGGACUGUCGUUUCUCUUUGCUUAUUUGAGCUGUUCUUGCUAUAAUAUGGACCUGGUCUUUUACCAAAUAGGGCUAUCUUCUGUAUACCCCCCCUACCUUGUCAUAACACAACUGAUUGGCACAAACACAUUAAGGAAAGAAAUUUCACAAAUUAACUUUUAUAAGGCACACCUGUUAAUUGAAAUGCUGGUUGAGAGAAUGCCAAAAGUGUGCAAACCUUUCAAGGCAGGUUACAUUAAGGUUGGCUACUUUGAAGAAUCUCAAAAUAAAAUAUAUUUUGAUUUGUUUAACACUUUUUGUUGUUACUACGUGAUUCCAUAUGUGUUAUUACAUAGUUUUGAUGUCUUCACUAUUAUUCUACAAUGUAGAAAAUAGUACAAAUAAAGAAAAACCCUGGAAUGAGUAGGUGUGUCCAAACUUUUGACUGGUACUGUAUAUAAAAUCUCACGGAGUGACAACAUUAAGGACACCUGCUCUUUCCAUGACAUAGCUUUUACCUGGUCAGUCUAUGAUCCCUUAUUGAUGUCACUUGUUAAAUCCACUUCAAUCUCCUCCCUCACCCCUGUCCUAUCAAUGGGGUCUUGGCUGGCAUAGGAACAGAGAUGUCACGUGUAUGUGUGAGAUAUAGCUGGCAGGCUGGCACAGUAAGGCUGGCCAUAGUAAGAGAUCAGAUUAUGUGUGUGUCACACUCCUCUGUCCUGUCCCAACACAGUGCCAUGAAGCUGUAUGACACCCAAUGAAGAGCGGUGGGAGAGAUGAGAGUGCAGAGUGGAGGAAACUGCUCUGACAGUGGGGUUACUUGCCUGCCACACUAGACGUGUAACGUUUGCCGAGCAUGAGAUGCUCCUAUCCAUUUCAAGGAAACCUGAGGCUCUCGCUGCUCAGUGUAAAAUUGCGCUUUGGUUUUAUUUCCAAGAUUAGCAUAGCUCACACCCAAGAACAAUAGGAUAAAGUGGCUCGCCCUCUGCUCACACCAGCAAAAAGUGACACUUCUAGUGUAGCAGGUAAAAAACGUACGUAAACAUUGGAUUAAAACUAGAAUGGCACCGACCCUUGAACAUUAUUUUAGGGAACAACAAUACAUUUCAGUCUAGACGAAACAUUCAACACACACACAUCCAGAGAGAGCUGUGGUGUCAAGUAAUCCACUAGAUCCUGAUCAAAGUGGAGUGGGUUUUAAUAUUCUGUGUGUGUGUGGUGUGUAAUCAGAUAAUCAUGGGAUAUCUCAUUGUUGUAGUAAAGUACGUUUAAAGGGCACAGAGACUGUUUCUUCACCCUCAAUAACUUUGAAAGAUAAUCUCUUUCCCCCUCUCUCUCGCUCUCUCCCAGGUACGGUCUGAAGCCUGACGACCAGAUCCUGGCGGAGGACAAGCACAAAGCAUUGUGGGUACUACUCCCAUGUAGACAUUCAAUCCAUCAUUCAACAUCAGAGGUUCAUCUGUAGCCUCACGUUUGCCUUAUCUCUCUGUUGCAUGAAGAGUUAUUUUCCAUUUUAGACUGCUGAUUGUCUGUAGUAGCGUUGUGUAGUCACUGGGCAGGACAGAACAGGCAUGUUCUAGAAUUCACCAGGACGAGUUUAGCCAAUGAUGGGGCAGGAGGUUCAGAACUAGCCAAUAGAAGGGCAAGAAACCUCCACUCCGGGCCAAAGCAGUUUGAGAAAGUCAACAUUUAACCACAGAGCGAUAAGAAGACUGCAGAGUGGAAGGGAGGGAGAGGGGGGCUUUCUCAAGGUUCAGUAGGGUACAACAUUGUAUUCAGAUCAGAUCUGUAUAUCAUUUGGAUGUGGUACCCUAAGACAUUGAACACUUCUCCAGGCGUUGGGAGAUCUGGGCCCGUAUUCACUAAGCGUCUCAGGAGUGCUGAUAUAAGAUCCGUUUUGCCUUUUAGCUCACAAUUAAUAAGAUUACAUGGACAAACGUUGUGUACGCACAAAGUAUGCCCCAAAACAAGCGUGCGCCAGUUUUCACUCAAAGGUUGGCAUUUAUCAAACUAAACUUGACGUGAGAAUGUGCUUACCUUCCCGCACACUUUAGACCAUGCGUACACACAGUUUCUAGUGGUUGAAGUAUUGCAUUGCAAAAAGGCAAAACUAGCUUAGUAGUAGCCUUGUGCAAAUGGGGAAUAUGAUGACACUCUUAUUCAUAACAAAAAAACUGGUAGCUAAUUAAAGCCAAAAAAAUGCAAUCAUUUGCCGUUAGUGAGACAAGCAAAAAUCUUUAUUUUAUCUUUGCAUUCUGAAAUAAUUAGAUAUAGCCAUCUAUUUCCUUUUGUUUAUUUAAUUUCCAUGAUCAUUGCAGAAUAAAUUCCUCACCUUUUCUGACUGAUGGUUUCAUACUUCCGAAAUAUCCUAUAGGCCUACAAGUUAGGAUAUGCUACCAUUCGUCCCACUUCACAGUUAUAAAUAGAUGAGCUAUUUCAAGUAUUUGCUCUAUGCGAGCGCAGUUUAACGGUAGAACAAACUGUUUAGGGUUUAUUGACAUUGAAUAAUGUAAUAUCAAAUUUCUUGAGUAGACAAUAUUUCAUUUAAACAUUAUGGCAUAUGUAUAUACAGUGCCUUCAGAAAGUAUUCACACCCCUUGACGUUUUCCACAUUUUGUUGUUAGUCUGAAUUUAAAAUGGAUUAAAUUGAGAUUUAGGCAAAGUGGAAUUGCGUUAAGAUUUUUUAAACAUAAUUAAAAAUGAAAAGCUGAAAUGUCUUAAGUCAAUAAUUAACCCCUUUGUUAUGGCAAGCCUAAAUAAGUACAGGAGUAAACAUUUGCUUAAGUAACAUAAUAAGUUGGGAUGGACUCACUCUGUGUGCAAUAAUAGUGGUUAAAAAAGCUGAAGAACAUACGCACAUCCAGGUACUUUCCGUAGGUGCUGGAGUUUUAAGCAAACUCAUGGAAAACAGAAAGGAAAAUGCCGCACACUGCUGCUCAUGCUCCCAGGUGAUUUUAUUUAUAACAAUGUUUCGACCCUUAGGUCUUCAUCAGGCAUCCAUAUCCCAGUUGGGGGUGGAAGGUCAUAUAUACAGUGCAUUCGGAAAGUAUUCAGACCCCUUGACUUCUUUCAUAUUUUGUUACAUUGCAGCCUUGUUCUAAAAUGGAUUAAAAAAAAAAAUUAUCCCAUCAAUCUACACACAAUACCCCAUAGUGACAAAGCAAAAACAGGUUUUUAUAAAUGUUAUAAAAAGGAAAUAUCACAUUUACAUAAGUAUUCAGACCCUUUACUCAGUACUUUGUUGAAGCACCUUUGGAAGCGAUUACAGCCUUGAGUCUCCCUGGGUAUGACGCUACAAGCUUGGCACACCUGUAUUUGGGGAGUUUCUCCCAUUCUUCUCUGCAGAUCCUCUCACGCUCUGUCUGGUUGGAUGGGGAGCAUCGCUGCACAGCUAUUUCCAGGUCUCUCCAGAGAAGUUUGAUUGGGUUCAAGUCCGGGCUCUGGCUGGCCACUGUGUUCUUGGGGAUCUUCAAUGCUGCAGAAAUGUUUUGGUACCCUUCCCCACAUCUGUGCCUCGACACAAUCCUGUCUCGGAGCUCUACGGACAACCUUAUGGCUUGGUUUUUGGUCUGACAUGCACUGUCAACUGUGGUACCUUAUAUAGACAGGUGUGUACCUUUCCAAAUCAUGUCCAAUCAAUUGAAUUUACCACAGGUGGACUCCAAUCAAGUUGUAGAAACAUCUCAAGGAUAAUCAAUGGAAACAGGAUGCACCUGAGCUCAAUUGAGUCUCGUAGCAUAGGGUCUGAAUACUUAUGUAAAUAAGGUAUUUCUGUUCAAAAUAAUAAUUACAAUUGGGAAGAAAAUUGAAAAACCUGUUUUUGCUUUGUCAAUAUGGGGUAUUGUGUGUAAAUUGAUGAGGAAUAUUUUGAAUUUGAUCAAUUUUAGAAUAAGGCUGUAACGUAACAAUGUGGAAAAAGUCAAGGGGUCUGAAUGCACUGUAUGUCUCAAGUUUUGAGGGAGUGUGAAAUUGGCAUGCUGACUGCAGGAAUGUCCACCAGAGCUGUUGCCAGAAUUUAAUGUUCAUGUCUCUACCAUAAGCUGCCUCCAACGUCGUUUUAGAGAAUUUGGCAGUACGUACAACCGGCCUCACAACCGCAGACCACGUGUAACCACGCCAGCCCAGGACCUCCACAUCAGGCUUCUUCACCUGCGGGAUCGUCUGAGACCAGCCAGCCGGACAGCUGAUACAACUGUGGGUUUGCACAACCCCAGAAUUUCUGCACAAACUGUCAGAAACAGUCUCAGGGAAGCUCAUCUGCGUGCUCGGUGCCUCACCAGGGUCUUGACCUGACUGCAGUUUGGUGUCGCAACCAAAUUCAGUGGGCAAAUGCUCACCUUUGAUGGCCACUGGCAUGCUGGAUAAGUGUGCUCUUCACAGAUGAAUCCCGGUUUCAACUGUACCGGGCAGAUGGCAGACAGCGUGUAUGGCGGCGUGUGGGUGAGCGGUUUGCUGAUUUCAACGUUGUGAACAGAGUGCCCCAUGGUGGCGGUGGGGUUAUGGUAUGGACAGCCAUAAGCUACGGACAUUGUCGUGCCAUUCAUCUGCCUCCAUCACCUCAUGUUUCAGCAUGUUAAUGCACGGCCCCAUGUUGCAAGCAUCUGUAAACAAUUCCUGGAAGCUGAAAAUAUCACAGUUCCUCCAUGGCCUGCAUACUCACCAGACAUGUCACCCAUUGAGCAUGUCUGGGAUGCUCUGGAUCAACGUGUACGACAGCGUGUUCAAGUUCCUGCCAAUAUCCAGCAACUUCGCACAGCCUAUGAUGAGGAGUGGGACAACAUUCCACAGGCCACAAUCAACAGCCUGAUCAACUCUAUGCGAAGGAGAUGUGUCGCGCUGCAUGAGGCAAAUCGUGGUCACACCAGAUACUGACUGGUUUUCUGAUCCACGCCCCUACCUUUUUCUUAAGGUAUCGGUGACCAACAGAUGCAUAUCUGUAUUCCCAGUCAUGUGAAAUCCAUAGAUUAGGGCCUAAUGAAUUUAUUUCAAUUGACUGAUUUCCUUAUAUGAAAUUGUUGCAUGUUGUUUAUAUUUUUGUUCAUUGAGGCAAAGAUUACAGACUGUUUAGUCUACAAAUAAAACUCAAUUUACUGGACAUUUUACAUUUAAAUAUGAUUUAAAUAUAUAGGCCUAUGUAGGCAAUAGGCCUACUGUAUUAAUUUUUUCAUGCAGUCAUCUCUGUUUUCAUUUUAAGCAUUUUUAUCCUUCGCUUGUUCAAUUGCAAAGACAUCAGCAACUUCAUUCCCAAGUUAUUGGCGGUCACAGAGCGACAGAUACAGUAAACGGCUUGAAUAUAUGUUUAGUGGAGAUCUUCUGUGUAUAAAGUGACUAGGAAGGGCAAAAAAGCAUCUAACGAUGCACUUAGCUGUUCUACGAGUGGUCUGAGGCAGUCGGUAAAUAGCCAGGGUUUUUAAGUGUAACUUUACUAAUGAUAGUUUUGGGAAAAUGCUCAGAGAUUGAACGAUUCUCCUACGACUGUUCUAACGAUUAACUUAGCCUUAAGAUGCUUUUGGGAAACCGGGCCCAGGUCAGUAAACAAACCACUGAGGUUUGGAAAUAGCCUAGGUGCUGGAGGGCGGAGGCCUCUGAUAAUGUCCUGUGCAGAGUGUAUUUCACUCAGCCAAUGAUGCUAAAAGUCUCUCAAUCUCAGCCUCACCUCCUUGGCUCUGUAUUCUGCGGGCCCGGUCCUGUUGUAGUCCAUUUCCCUUUCUUCCUAUUGGUUCAGCUGAUGUUAUGUUAAUUAUACCAUGCUGUCCCCUAUUGGGUAGAAUAUCGUGACCUCGGGACUAUAAGAUUCUAACUGCGCAAAGCAUAGUUCUGAGAUAUGGAGCAUCAAACUUUUCACAUCUCAGAACUGUUUUGUAGUAAAUUCUUCUUUCAUAACUGUAGUGACGUGACCUAAUUUAAUGUCUGACUGUUAUUAAUCGAAUCACCUAACUAUGUUUAAUUGUCACUCGAUUAAAUUAAUCAUGAAACAAUUAAUUCAUUAGGAAUUUGGGGCACCACAGAAUAAAUUGUUUAACGAGUUACCAUCUCCCAAAAUAAACUCUUAGAAUAUAUAUAACAUAUCAAUAAGUCACUUAUCAAAUAAUUACCUCUUAUCAGUCUGUCACGAGAAUUUAUAUCUCUAAUUAAUCAAACUUAAUGCUUUGAAUAAUUCCCAGAGGGUGUAAGGCUCUGGUUUAAUCAUGAAUGAAAUGAAGGUCCGCAACCAACGAGUUAUCUGUAUGUUUUAAUCAUGGAGAGCUCUGGCGCCAAAAAACAUACAUACAGCUUUUAUAUCCCUUGACACACAAAGGCACUUUGCUCCGCCUACCUAUAAACAGUUUCUUAGUCCCCUUCACCCUGGAAUGCUUUCUCAACAGUUUCUAACUUCCCCCCUCUGUUAGUGGGUUGACACUACAUUAUAACUCUAACACCGUUCACACACUUAUACUGUAUUUGGGGUGAAAUUAUUCUUAAAAUACAAAUUAAUCUAUCACAGUCUCAUUCUGAGUGUCGCAUAAUCCUUGAACCUGCAAUAACCCUAACCUUAUUGAUGAAUCAGCAAUACACAAAUUGGCUUAAUUAUUUAUUUACUAACUAACUAAAUAAUAACACUACAAACAUACACAGGUUAUUGAUUACUAACGUAAUACAAUGAAAACAGGUCCUUAGUGUACUGGACUAACAUUAGCAUGAAUGCUUGGGUAGUGGAGGGGUCAGAAUGGAAGGGAGAGACAGAUUCAAACUAUCGUAGUUACUUUGGAAACUACGUUCACAGUAAUCAUAAUACUUAUGCACCCUAAUAAUCGCUCUUUCGGAUUAGAAAUGCAACAUGUUGCUGUCGUCGAUAAUUGAGUUGAUUAUGUAGGACUCUGGUUUGCCCACCAGAGAUCUCAAUAUCCUUGGUAGAGUUUCUGGUCGUAGUGGUGGUUAGAAUGGAUACUUCAGAUUUACAAGGGAUUGUCCUCUCCUCUCUCGUCUUUAGUUAAAGUUCUCUAGACGACUAUACAUGCCAGCUGUAGACUGAAAUGGUCUAGUGCAUUGUCUUCUUCUUCACCUCGUGUAGAGGUUGAGAGUUUGAGUUUCUCCAUUUCAAACGUGUGGAGUAACGUCUCACGUUUCCUUGGCUUCCUGGUCUGGUAGAAAUUCAACCAUUUGCAACGUUUAGCUCACGCUUCACGUCUGCUGGUCUAAAGGUUGAUUUUGUUUUUCCAAGGCUUUUUAUGCCCUCUGGAUAAAAGGGGCAUUCCAUCGUGAUGACACGAUCUCUGAUGUCACUCGGGGCGUGGCUAGUCACUGUGCAUAGUUUAUAUGAAAAACUUAUCUCAUUAGAAGACUAAAAUCACAUUCCUAUCUUCACCAAAAUACUCUCAUACUUAAUCAUAUAUUUUAUACAACAUUUAGAUGUAAACUUGAUAGAUAGAAUGUCUACACUUUCCGAGUUAGUUAUUACUUGAUACCAUCCUUAAUGACAUCACAAAAUAAUAAACAAUAUGACAUGAUUAUUCUUUAGAUCCCCACUGACCAUUCCAAACACUUGGAGGUCAGGAAUAAUGUCCCAAUGUCCAAUCUUUUGAUUUUGGAGUCUUGGCGGGAAGACUUCCUUUGUUAACAAAGGGGUCCUUUCUCCCAAUACUUUAUGGCAAGGAAGAGAAAGUCUGCACGGUAUUUACGACCGGUCAUAAAACUGGCCCCCAGGAAAGGGGGUGUUCAAACCUUUGCCUAGCCGGCAUGUUUGAUCCUCAACCCAUGAGGGCAAGUCAUGACAUAACCUAUUAAGGUCCUCACCUGAAAGGUACCUAAAGUGCAGAGUAUCAAACUCGAGACAUUUGUAAAAAAUAUAUAUACAGUCAGGGGAAAAAAGUAUUUGAUCCCCUGCUGAUUUUGUACGUUUGCCCACUGACAAAGACAUGAUCAGUCUAUAAUUUUAAUGGUAGGUUUAUUUGAACAGUGAGAGACAGAAUAACAACAAAAAAAUCCAGAAAAACGCAUGUCAAAAAUGUUAUGAAUUGAUUUGCUUUUUAAUGAGGGAAAUAAGUAUUUGACCCCCUCUCAAUCAGAAAGAUUUCUGGCUCCCAGGUGUCUUUUUAUACAGGUAACGAGCUGAGAUUAGGAGCACACUCUUAAAGGGAGUGCUCCUAAUCUCAGUUUGUUACCUGUAUAAAAGACACUUGUCCACAGAAGCAAUCAAUCAGAUUCCAAACUCUCCACCAUGGCCAAGACCAAAGAGCUCUCCAAGGAUGUCAGGGACAAGAUUGUAGACCUACACAAGGCUGGAAUGGGCUACAAGACCAUCGCCAAGCAGCUUGGUGAGAAUGUGACAACAGUUGGUGCGGUUAUUCGCAAAUGGAAGAAACACAAAAGAACUGUCAAUCUCCCUCGGCCUGGGGCUCCAUGCAAGAUCUCACCUCGUGGAGUUGCAAUGAUCAUGAGAACGGUGAGGAAUCAGCCCAGAACUACACGGGAGGAUCUUGUCAAUGAUCUCAAGGCAGCUGGGACCAUAGUCACCAAGAAAACUGAAAUCCUGCAGCGCCUGCAAGGUCCCCCUGCUCAAGAAAGCACAUAUACAUGCCCGUCUGAAGUUUGCCAAUGAACAUCUGAAUGAUUCAGAGGAGAACUGGGUGAAAGUGUUGUGGUCAGAUGAGACCAAAAUGGAGCUCUUUGGCAUCAACUCAACUCGCCGUGUUUGGAGGAGGAGGAAUGCUGCCUAUGACCCCAAGCACACCAUCCCCACCGUUAAACAUGGAGGUGGAAACAUUGUGCUAAGGGGGUGUUUUUCUGCUAAGGGGACAGGACAACUUCACCGCAUCAAAGGGAUGAUGGACGUCAAAUCUUGGAUGAGAAACUCCUUCAGCCAGGGCAUUGAAAAUGGGUAGUGGAUUGGUAUUCCAGCAUGACAAUGACCCAAAACACACGGCCAAGGCAACAAAGGAGUGUCUCAAGAAGAAGCGCAUUAAGGUCUUGGAGUGGCCUAGCCAGUCUCCAGACGUUAAUCCCAUAGAAAAUCUGUGGAGGGAGCUGAAGGUUCGAGUUGCCAAACGUCAGCCUCGAAACCUUAAUGACUUGGAGAAGAUCUGCAAAGAGGAGUGGGACAAAAUCCCUCCUGAGAUGUGUGCAAACCUGGUGGCCAACUACAAGAAGCGUCUGACCUCUGUGAUUGCCAAUAAGGGUUUUGCCACCAAGUACUAAGUCAUGUUUUGCAGAGGGGUCAAAUACUUAUUUCCCUCAUUAAAAUGCAAAUCAAUUCAUAACAUUUUUGACAUGCGUUUUUCUGGAUUUUUUUGUUGUUAUUCUGUCUCUCACUGUUCAAAUAAACCUACCAUUAAAAUUAUAGACUGAUCAUUUCUUUGUCAGUGGGCAAACGUACAAAAUCAGCAGGGGAUCAAAUACUUUUUCCCCUCACUGUGUGUGUGUGUGUGUAUAUAUAUAUAUAUAUAUACAUAUACACAAAUUUACAAAAAUGACAUUUUGGGGGGUACAUUCGCAGAUAGAACCUGAUGGCUCUGAAAUGUCAAUCUGGAUUUAGCCAUAAGGUUCUGUCUGACACUUCUGAAUUAGACAUGGCCAGUUAAGAAAAGUGUAGCUAUUUGAAUACCUAAAUGAUAAUGACAGAAUAACACUAUUUUACCAAGAUAGUCAGAACACAUCAAAUACAUUAAGAAAUGUAUUAUCAUCAGACGAAUUACUGUCAUCACUGAACAACGAUGUGACAACCUGUACUUUCUGACUGUUGUUUUUUGCUUGCCUGCCAUUUAUUGCUGUCUAGACUAGCUUAGACGUUUGCAAAGACGUGUUCUGAUUGGUCGGUCUGUAAUUGUUCAAGCUUGUGAAUGGAUUGCAGAUCGAACCUUAGCGCCAAGUUCAACUGGGUUUAUGCAAAUGGAACUUUCCGUUUAUUUAUUUUUUCACUUCAUGUACUUUCUCACAAAUCUAUUAACUUCACAGACAUAUGAACAACCAUCCUAAAGAUCAAUUAUAUGUGACGAACUCAUUUUUGGCAAAAAUGUCAGAACCUUAUAGCCCAAGGUCUCUAUUUUAUUGCACUAUACUUUUGCUGGUCAGCCGUCCUCAUUGGGAGCUAUUGGAUGAAUGUGCAGGCUUUCGAUCCUUGCUCUUAACACACCUUAUUCAGCUAAUCAAUGUCAAUGUCAAUGAUUUAGUGAAUUAUUUGGUAUUUUCUCUAAACAAUGUGUUGCAGGUUUGAGGAGAUUGUCAAAAAAUUUAAAGUAGAGUACCAUGCCGGAGGAUCGACGCAGAAUUCUAUAAAGGUCGCCCAGGUAUGACACACACACUUAGUCAUUACACUCUAUCCCACUGUGCCCUCUCCGAAAUGUAUAAAGGUCACCCAGGUAUGUCUCAUUCACACACACACCACACACUCUAACCUACUCUAACACACACACACACACACACACUCCUCUCCAGUGGAUGAUCCAGGAGCCCCACAAUGUGUGUACGUUCUUCGGCUGUAUUGGGGAGGAUACGUUUGGAGAGAUUCUGAAGCAGAAGGCCAAGGAGGCCCACGUGGACGCCCACUACUAUGAGCAGACAGAGGAACCUACUGGGACCUGCGCUGCAGCCAUCACCGGCAACAACAGGUACACACCGACACACACACUAUAACUCUCCUAAUACACACGCACACUGUCAUACACACGCACACACACUCAUAAUACACACACUCACACUGUCAUACACACACUGUCAUACACACAUACUCUCACUCUCAUAACACAUACAUACAGUCUCACAUACACACACCAAGGACAACAGGUCAAAACUACUCCAUCUAACUCUCAUCAACUCCACUCUUUCUCUCUUCCCUCCCCCCUCCCUCUCUCAGGUCUCUGGUAGCUAACCUAGCAGCAGCUAACUGUUAUAAGAAGGACAAACAUCUGGACUUGGAGGAGAACUGGAAACUGGUGGAGAAAGCCAAAGUCUACUAUAUCGCUGUAAGACCACACACACUGAGUAGCAUUGAUAAUAACAGGCUGUGUAGCAUUGAUUUAUAACCGGCUCUGUAGCAUUGAUUAUAACUGGCUCUGUAGCAUUAUUACAGGCUGUGUAGCGUUACUACAGGCUGUAUAGCAUUGAUGAUAACAGGCUGUGUAGCAGUAUUACAUGCUGUGUAGCAUUGAUAAUAACCGGCUCUGUAGCAGUAUUACAUGCUGUGUAGCAUUGAUAAUAACCGGCUCUGUAGCGUUAUUACAGGCUGUGUAGCAUUGUAACAGGCUGUGUUGUAGGAUUGGGCGAUAUUACGAUGGCAUUGUCUAUCGACGACAUCGUGAUGUGACAGAUAAUAGUUUAGCCUAUCUGAACUUGACUGGCGCCGUGCAGUAAAAAACAGAGUCUCACAGCGCAGGGCAGCUCAGAAGUGGCAUUCCGAGUAAUUUGCCUAUUCCUAUUUGCUAUAGCCUAUUUCAAUAAAUCUGUUAUAUAGCCUACAGAAUGCAAGAGAGGAAUGUAGGCCGGACAUAGCGGAGAAUUCCACCAAAAUGUCCAGUCAUAUAAUAUUGUUUCUCUCUCGAAGGCAUGGGCAUAAGCCUAAACCUUUUUAUUUUAUAAUGGACACUCCUUAACUAUCUUGUCUAGCUGUUUUAUUCCCUUCUCUCUUCAUUCGAUAGGCUAUGAAUAUGACGGAAGGCUACGCUUCAUCGUUUUAUGCAUUGCUUUCUCCCGUUGUAAUGAAGUUAUUUGAAUAGCCAGAGGACUAAUACUGAGAGAACAAACUAUCAUUAUCAUCAGCCUUUAGAAAAAUCGAAUGACAAGCUUAUUAAGAAAUAAAUGAUCUAUGCGGGCCGGGAAAAUCCCUCCACGAGGUUGAAAACCAAAUGCCCAAUAACCUAUCCUCCUACUAGGCCUAUCAUAAAAGCUUUAAGACAAGUUAAAGUUAUGAACAGUAGCUUAUUUCUCAGAUAUUCUAGCCUAUGUAGGUGUUGUCCUAAAGUUGUUGUGGCUUUCAAAAAUAACAAGAAUGAAAGUCUAUAGACUAGGCAUAGGCUAUUCUCAAAUCACAGCUUUAUGAGAGAUGGAACAAACAAUUAGUAUUUUUUUCUCUAUUAUUGUAUGAGGUAAAUAAAGCAAUUAUUAUCCAGUUCUGAAGACUGUAGACUGCUUCUAUCCAGCCCAUUAUGUAGGCCUACAACGUAGCUCACAGCCCGUUCCUCAUCAGUCACUGCUCCAUCAUCAGUGCGCCACACAGAUCGACACACAAACCUGUUCUGCUCCUCCAACAGAAAGGAAUAUAUUUUUUUUAAUUGCCGUUGCCUGCGCUAGGCUUUCAACAACAUCAUCUUUCGUCAUGUUUCAUCCAGUUGCAUUCGAUUUCACGCUAUAGGCCAACUGUAGUUUUAGCUGAGAUUUCUUUAUUAAUUUUUUCAACAACAACAAAUGUAUCAUUUGGGUGGUGGCCAAUAGGGGCUAUUAGCAUCGUGCACUGCUCAAAAAAAUUAAGGGAACACUUAAACAACACAAUGUAACUCCAAGUCAAUCACACUUCUGUGAAAUCAAACUGUCCACUUAGGAAGCAACACUGAUUGACAAUAAAUUUCACAUGCUGUUGUGCAAAUGGAAUAGACAACAGGUGGAAAUUAUAGGCAAUUAGCAAGACACCCCCAAUAAAGGACUGGUUUUGCAGGUGGUGACCACAGACCACUUCUCAGUUUCUAUGCUUCCUGGCUGAUGUUUUGGUCACUUUUGAAUGCUGGCGGUGCUUUCACUCUAGUGGUAGCAUGAGACGGAGUCUACAACCCACACAAGUGGCUCAGGUAGUGCAGCUCAUCCAGGAUGGCACAUCAAUGCGAGCUGUGGCAAGAAGGUUUGCUGUGUCUGUCAGCGUAGUGUCCAGAGCAUGGAGGUGCUACCAGGAGACAGGCCAGUACAUCAGGAGACGUGGAGGAGGCCGUAGGAGGGCAACAACCCAGCAGCAGGACUGCUACCUCCACCUUUGUGCAAGGAUGAGCAGGAGGAGCACUGCCAGAGUCCUGCAAAAUGACCUCCAGCAGGCCACAAAUGUGCAUGUGUCUGCUCAAACGGUCAGAAACAGACUCCAUGUGGGUGGUAUGAGGGCCCGACGUCCACAGGUGGGGGUUGUGCUUACAGCCCAACACCGUGCAGGACGUUUGGCAUUUGCCAGAGAACACCAAGAUUGGCGAAUUCGCCACUGGCGCCCUGUGCUCAUCACAGAUGAAAGCAGGUUCACACUGAGCACGUGACAGACGUGACAGAGUCUGCAGACGCCGUGGAGAACGUUCUGCUGCCUGCAACAUCCUCCAGCAUGACCGGUUUGGCGGUGGGUCAGUCAUGGUGUGGGGUGGCAUUUCUUUGGGGGGCCGCACAGCCCUCCAUGUGCUCGCCAGAGGUAGCCUGACUGCCAUUAGGUACCGAGAUGAGAUCCUCAGACCCCUUGUGAGACCAUAUGCUGGUGCGGUUGUCCCUGGGUUCCUCCUAAUGCAAGACAAUGCUAGACCUCAUGUGGCUGGAGUGUGUCAGCAGUUCCUGCAAGAGGAAGGCAUUGAUGCUAUGGACUGGCCCGCCUGUUCCCCAGACCUGAAUCCAAUUGAGCACAUCUGGGACAUCAUGUCUCGCUCCAUCCACCAACGCCACGUUGCACCACAGACUGUCCAGGAGUUGGCGGAUGCUUUAGUCCAGGUCUGGGAGGAGAUCCCUCAGGAGACCAUCCGCCACCUCAUCAGGAGCAUGCCCAGGCAUUGUAGGGAGGUCAUACAGGCACGUGGAGGCCACACACACUACUGAGCCUCAUUUUGACUUUUAAGGACAUUACAUCAAAGUUGGAUCAGCCUGUAGUGUGGUUUUCCACUUUAAUUUUGAGGGUGACUCCAAAUCCAGACCUCCAUGGGUUGAUACAUUUGAUUUCCAUUGAUAAUUUUUGUGUGAUUUUGUUGUCAGCACAUUCAACUAUGUAAAGAAAAAAGUAUUUAAUAAGAUUAUUUCAUUCGUUCAGAUCUAGGAUGUGUUAUUUUAGUGUUCCCUUUAUUUUUUUGAGCAGUGUAUAUCACUGUGUUUUAUGAGUACAUAAUCACGAUAGGACAAAGGUUGACAUCGCCCAACCCUACUGUGUGGCAUUGAUUAUAACUGGCUCUGAAGCAUUAUUACAGGCUGUGUAGCAUUAUAACAGGUUGUGUUUAUUUAACAGGCUUUAUUAUCUACAAUGUAGGGUUUCUUCCUGACAGUGUCUCUGGAGUCCAUACAGAAGGUGGCCAAACACGCGUCUGAGAACAACAAGCUCUUCACUCUGAACCUCUCCGCUCCCUUCAUCUCCCAGUUCUUCAAAGACGCCCUCAUGAAGGUCAUGCCCUAUGUGGACGUGCUGUUCGGAAAUGAGACGGUACACAUACAAAACACCCUCAUUCGAUCAUUCAUCCUGUACCUAUGUCUUUCUAGAGAGAGAGACCAAUAGAAAGGCAUACAGAUGGGUAGAGAGCUUGUGAGAGAGAGAGUGACAAUGGGAUCCUACGGGCAGAUGGGUAGAGAGAGAGCAACAGACAGAUGGGGAGCGAGAGGACGAUGGAGAGAGAGAGACAGGUAGAGGAGGCACAUGGAUAAAGAUAUGGAGAGUAAUGGGACAUUUUCUGUUUUUCAGGAGGCGGCCAUGUUUUCCAAAGAGCAAGGCUUUGAGGUGAGUGGACUGCGAUUUCAAGCGCAAACACACACACUUGUAUUUUAGUAUAGCUUGUUUGUGACAACAGUGCGUGUUUGUAGACGGAGGACAUCAAGGAGAUUGCUAAGAAAGCCCAGGCUCUUCCCAAAGUCAACAAGAAGAGAGCGAGAAUCGUUGUCUUUACUCAGGGGAAGGACGCAACCAUCAUGACCAAAGGUAACUACACACAUACUCGCUCACUGAUAUGAGUGUGGAAACUAGCCUGCCUUCAGCAGCUCUCUUUCACGUUUAAUGUGUGUCUAUGUCUGUGUGUUUGUGGAGGAGGUGACAAGAUAGAGAUGUUCCCAGUGCUGAAGAUUGACCAGAAGGACAUUGUAGACACAAAUGGAGCCGGAGAUGCCUUUGUAGGAGGUACGUGUCCUUGAGUGUGUCUUUGUUUGUGUGUAUGAAAGUUUUGGGUGGCUUUCUGUAGGGAUAUCUGUCUGGUCCUUGAGAAACAAAGAAUCGGUGUGUCUUAUUGUCUGUGUGUGUAUUUUAAUGGCGUGUGUGUCAUACAGGAUUCCUGUCAGAGUUGGUCCAGGAGAAGGGGUUUGAACAGUGUGUGAAAGCAGGACACUACGCCGCCAACGUCGUCAUCAGACAAGCAGGAUGCACCUUCCCUGACAAACCAGACUUCAACUGAUGACCUGUAACCUUAAAGGGAAGUUUGCAGAAUUAGGUUGCUGUUAGACAUUCUGAUUUGUAAGACAUCUCACUUUACAUUUAUAUUUUUAUAUUUUUAUCCGAAUUUGACCGAAGUCAUGUCGGAAAAGCGGUAGGAAAGUGACGUCAAGAGAUAAACACACAAGUGAAUACACAGCAGGCGAGAAGCCACUGUCCACAUAAGACGGUAAAGACCCACAUCAUACCUAGUCCUCCUAUUGUUUUUGAUAAAUAUUUUGGCACUCUGAAUAAAGCCAACUUAUCAUCUGACCAUA